AGAUCUGGCAUCAGUGAUUACGGUAAGGAUACGUGACACUGGUUUUUACGGUAAUGACGCUUCACAUUGUAGUCCGUUCAAAUACGAAACAUUUCCUGUUUAUAUAGUUGUCAAAAGUGAACGCGUGUAUGCGCAAACCCGGUUUAUUUGAAGGUGCUCCUGUUUUAAGAGUCGGAUAUCUGCGAGUAAAGCCCCAAAUGUCGGCGUCUGCACUACGACUGAUCCGCUGCCGCAGGCUGAGCACCGGCGGACCCGCUGUGAGGAGACCGCUGCCAUGGAAGGACCUUCGAAAAAUGGCAAAAGUCACGGGUGCAGUAAUUUUGGGGGGAUGUGUUUUCAUCACGUAUGAAGUGUUUACGCUGAAACAGGCCGUCACUAUCGACACAAGUGCCAUUUUACAGGAGAAACACAAGUCCUACAUCUACCUAACUCAUGCCACCAAUAGAGAACAGGAGAGUCUUGCUUCUGGGCUCACUAACAAAACCAGAAAAGAGCUUCAUAAAGCAGUUAGAAAGUUUCUCGAAAUUUCCUCCAGAGUUAUGCUCCGCCCCCUGGACGAGCAUCUAAGUCAUAUGGACGCAGACCCUCAUGAAUAUGCCCUUUGGAUCCUGUUGAAAAGAACUUGCUCUGCCGACCGGGCCAUGAGACAACAGGCGGUGCAGGACCUGGCCCAGAAUCACCACUGGCAGGAUUAUCAGUACCAGACAGCAGCACAGGUGGUCGAUCAACGCACAGCUGUGGGUCUCGCCCGCAUCCCUAAUGUGGACCUGCGAUUCUUUCUUCCUCCUCCUGCUCUACCACACAAAGAGGAUGAUAUAUCAAUAGAAGACAGCCUCAGACAGUUGCUUGCUUCUUUACCCCAGUCGGAGGUGGAUCAGUGCGUGCAGUACUUUACCUCGCUGGCACUUAGAGAGAGCAGCCAGUCACUGGCCUCCCAAAGGGGGGGGCUGUGGUGUUUUGGAGGAAAUGGGUUGCCCUACGCUCAAAGCUUGACAUCCACCCCCUCAGAGAAGGUGGAGACUUUCUGCCUGCAGGCUCUGGUGCAGCACUCAAAGGUCCCCAGUCAUUGUGACCACAUUGUUGCCAAUGGAGGAUUGCAGCUUUUACAGAGAGUCUACCAGCUACGCCGAGACUCUCCCAAGAUUCAGCGUAACAUUGUGCGAAUUAUUGGAAAUCUUGCCUUGAACGAAAGCUUGCAUACUGCUAUAGUACAGUCAGGUUGGAUGUCCACCCUAGCUGAGAUGAUCCAAUCACCACACAUCAUGCAGGCAUCUCACGCUGCCCGUGCAUUGGCCAACCUGGACCGAGAUGCAGUAAGAGAGAAGUACCAAGAUGGCGUUUAUAUCUUGCAUCCGCAGAUCCGUACAAACCAAUCAAUCAAAGCUGACAUCCUUUUUGUGCAUGGCCUGCUGGGAGCAGCGUUUAAGACGUGGCGUCAAAAAGACUGUGAUAUUACGGGCGAUGAUGACAAGACCUCAGAAGGGAUCCGAGACGACUACACUGAAUGCUGGCCCAAGUCAUGGUUGGCCGCAGACUGUCCAAACCUCAGAAUCCUAUCAGUGGAGUAUGACACGCAUUUAAGUGACUGGAAGGCAAAGUGUCCUGCCGAAAACCAAAGAAAAUCAUUGGCCUACAGGAGUCAGGAGCUGCUAAGGAAAUUGAAGGAUGCGGGUGUAGGAGACAGGCCUGUGGUUUGGGUAGCCCACAGUAUGGGAGGUUUACUUGUGAAAAAGAUGCUUUUAGAUGCCUCAAAGGAUCCUGACCUCAGUGCUCUGAUCAAGAACACUAAAGGAAUUCUGUUCUACAGCGUUCCUCACCACGGCACGUUCAUGGCAGAGUACUCUGUCAACGUUCGAUACCUUCUGUUUCCCUCUAUAGAAGUCAGAGAACUAUGUAAAGACUCUCCGGCGUUGCGUGACCUGAACGAAAAUUUUCUCAACAUUGCAAAAGAACGAGAGUUUAAAGUUCUUAGCUUUACGGAAUCAUUGCCUACCUCCAUUGGGCCAAUGCUCAAAAUAUUGGUUGUUCCAUCUCAAUCGGCAGAGCUUGGAAUUGGGGACCUUAUCCAGGUGAAUGUAGAGCACCUAAACAUCUGCAAACCAGAAAAUAAGAAUUCCUUUAUCUACAAACGUAGUUUACAGUUUAUUCAGGAUGCUCUUGGAGGACCGAGAAUGAAGUAA